AGCUCACACUGCGCAAGCGCGGAGACAGAACCCUGGGAAUUAUUUGCAUUUGGCGCGAAAUCUCCGCUCUGUGGGCGGGGCUCUGAGAGAAGCAGCUUUCAUUGGGCAGGUUUGGCGCGAAACACCCGAGUCUCUGAGCCACGAUUGGCUCUGAUCGUCCAGCGGGGGCAGGAGGCGGGGCAUCGGCGCGCGCAAAGCUCCAGCGUCCGGAAAGAAGCGACUUGUGGCGGUCUGGUGAGCCCACGGCGUCACCCUCAGCCCCGGGGAGACAUGGACCUCGCGGCAGCAGCGGAGCCAGGCGCCGGCAGCCAGCACCCCGAAGUCCGCGACGAGGUGGCCGAAAAGUGCCAGAAGUUGUUCCUGGAUUUCUUGGAGGAGUUUCAAAACAGUGAUGGAGAAAUUAAAUACUUACAGCUAGCUGAGGAACUAAUUCGUCCUGAGAGAAACACAUUGGUUGUGAGUUUUGUGGACCUGGAACAAUUUAAUCAGCAGCUUUCCACUACUAUUCAAGAGGAGUUCUAUAGAGUUUACCCUUACUUGUGCCGGGCCUUAAAAACCUUCGUCAAAGACCGUAAAGAGAUCCCCCUUGCCAAGGAUUUUUAUGUUUCAUUCCAAGACCUACCUACCAGACACAAAAUUCGAGAACUCACCUCAUCCAGAAUUGGUUUGCUCACUCGCAUCAGUGGUCAGGUGGUACGGACUCACCCAGUUCACCCAGAGCUUGUAAGCGGAACAUUCCUGUGUUUGGACUGUCAGACAGUGAUCAAGGAUGUAGAACAGCAGUUCAAAUAUACACAGCCAAACAUCUGCCGAAACCCAGUUUGUGCAAACAGAAGAAGGUUCCUGCUAGACACAAAUAAAUCAAGAUUUGUUGAUUUUCAAAAGGUUCGAAUUCAAGAAACUCAAGCUGAACUUCCUCGAGGAAGUAUCCCCCGAAGCUUAGAAGUGAUCUUGAGGGCUGAAGCUGUGGAAUCAGCUCAGGCUGGUGACAAGUGUGACUUUACAGGAACACUGAUUGUUGUUCCUGAUGUUUCUAAGCUUAGCACACCAGGAGCACGUGCAGAAACUAAUUCCCGUGUGAGUGGUGUUGAUGGAUAUGAAACAGAAGGUAUUCGAGGACUCAAGGCCCUUGGUGUUAGGGACCUUUCAUACAGAUUGGUGUUUCUUGCUUGCUGUGUUGCACCAACCAACCCAAGGUUUGGAGGGAAAGAAUUAAGAGAUGAAGAACAGACAGCUGAAAGCAUUAAGAACCAAAUGACUGUGAAGGAGUGGGAAAAAGUGUUUGAAAUGAGUCAAGAUAAAAAUCUAUACCACAAUCUUUGUACAAGCCUAUUCCCUACUAUCCAUGGUAAUGAUGAAGUAAAACGGGGUGUCCUGCUGAUGCUUUUUGGUGGUGUUCCAAAGACAACAGGGGAAGGGACUUCUCUUCGGGGGGAUAUAAAUGUAUGCGUUGUUGGUGACCCCAGUACGGCCAAGAGCCAGUUUCUCAAGCACGUGGAAGAGUUCAGUCCCAGAGCUGUCUACACCAGUGGCAAAGCAUCCAGUGCUGCUGGUUUAACAGCAGCCGUUGUAAGAGAUGAAGAAUCUCAUGAGUUUGUCAUUGAGGCUGGAGCUUUGAUGCUUGCUGACAAUGGUGUGUGUUGUAUUGAUGAGUUUGAUAAGAUGGACGUGCGGGAUCAAGUUGCUAUUCAUGAAGCUAUGGAGCAGCAGACCAUCUCUAUCACCAAAGCAGGAGUGAAGGCCACUCUGAAUGCCAGGACAUCUAUUUUGGCAGCAGCAAACCCAAUCAGUGGACACUAUGACAGAUCAAAAUCAUUGAAACAGAAUAUAAAUUUGUCAGCUCCUAUCAUGUCCCGAUUUGAUCUGUUCUUUAUACUUGUGGAUGAAUGUAAUGAGGUUACAGACUAUGCUAUUGCCAGACGUAUAGUAGACUUGCAUUCAAGAAUUGAAGAUUCCAUUGAUCGAGUUUAUUCCCUUGAUGAUAUCAGGAGGUACCUUCUCUUUGCCAGACAGUUUAAACCUAAGAUUUCCAAGGAGUCAGAAGACUUUAUUGUGGAACAGUAUAAACGUCUUCGUCAGAGGGAUGGUUCUGGAGUAACCAAGUCUUCAUGGAGGAUUACAGUGAGGCAGCUUGAGAGUAUGAUCCGUCUUUCUGAAGCAAUGGCUCGGAUGCACUGCUGUGAUGAGGUUCAGCCUAAACAUGUGAAGGAAGCUUUCAGGUUACUGAAUAAAUCAAUCAUUCGUGUGGAGACACCUGAUGUCAAUCUGGAUCAAGAGGAUGAGACUCCUAUGGACGUGGAUGAGGUCCCAGAGGGCAUCAGUGGUCAUGCUGACAGCCCUGCUCCUGUAAAUGGAAUCAAUGGCCACAGUGAAGACAUAAACCAAGACUCUGUUCCAAAAGCUUCUUUGAGGCUGGGUUUCUCUGAAUAUUGCCGAAUCUCUAACCUUAUUGUGCUUCACCUCAGAAAGAUGGAAGAAGAAGAUGAUGAAUCAGCAUUAAAGAGAAGUGAACUGGUUAACUGGUACUUGAAGGAAAUUGAAUCAGAAAUAGAUUCUGAAGAGGAACUUAUAAAUAAAAAGAGAAUUAUAGAGAAAGUCAUUCACCGACUCACCCACUACGAUCAUGUUCUUAUUGAACUCACCCAAGCUGGAUUGAAAGGCUCCACAGAAGGAAGUGAAAGUUAUGAAGAGGAUCCCUACUUGGUGGUUAACCCUAACUACUUGCUUGAAGAUUGAGAAAUUGAAAGUAACUGACCAGAGUGAGAAAACUAUGACCCUCUGUCUGGAACCUGAAUGGAUCUCUGUUAAGGAGACAAAUGUUUCUGGGAGUGAUGCUUCAGGAAGAUUUAUUUUUACUAACAAAAAUCAAGCUGAUGGUCCAGUGCAUCACAUUUCUCAUAUGCUUUUAUACAAUAAGGGCUUCAGUACUUUGUUUAUGUGAAUUUUUUCUAAGUGAAGUUGGAACCUUAUAAUGUGUGGUUUUUGUAACUAAGCCCUUUCAUGUGUAAGAAAAGGUUUGUUUACUUUUAUGGUGUAUGGUUAUCUUAUUGAGGAAAUAACUUUUUCAGUUGCCAUGUACUAUUUUUUUUCCAUUACAAUAAAGUCAUCUGUUAAGUG